AUGUCCACCGAUUCGGCCGGGAGCCAAGCCUCCCAGGCCAUGCUCCACAUGCUGGACUACAUCUCCACGCACGACCAUGAUCUUUUUGAAUGGGACGACCAUGGCAGGGAAGAGUCCGAUGCCUGGCUUCGUCCGGUCCAGGACGCUGGCCUCAGUCCCAAGAAGCACAAGGUCUUUAACCAUGACAACAAGGAGUACCUCAAGCCUCCGCAGCCUUUUGUCCAGAUAGGUCCCGAGCUGGGUGACUCCGGCUCGACCAUCGUCUACAAGGUCAACCCUCCAGAUGGCCAAGGCUACAGACGACCCUUGGCCCUCAAAGUUAUUGUUUGCAAGGAAAACACACGCCCGCCUGGUCCCGACAGCAAUGUCCGCAAGCUGGCACUGCAAGAGGUGCAGAACAUGGUGGCGGUGCGCCAUCCUCACAUAGUCGUCUACGUAGCUUCGUUUGAGGACUAUUGCAUUUCCAACCGCCAGGUUCGCCAGCGCCGUGUUGCCGGGACCGGUGGUGCUCGCGCCGUCUUCAGGAGGGUAGAUCAACAGAUCAAGCGUCACAUACUCGGCAUCGCCAUGUACCCUCCCGCCGAAUGCAAUCUGCGGACUUUUAUGCUCGACAUCGCGUCUGCUGCUGCCCACUCACCAAAAACUGCCGCAGAGGAGCAUUGGAUGGUACAAUAUCUCCAUACAUAUUUCGGUUGCUUAGCCCAAGCUGUUAGCUACCUACACAAGUCGACAGUACGGAUACGGCACAAGGACAUCAAACCCGAGAAUGUUGUCAUAGACAGUUAUGGCUUUCCUCUGCUCACUGACUUUGGGCUUUCCAAGCACUUUGAAACAGGCCAGCACUCGCAAGGACCAACUGCCAAGACGCUCAAGUAUGCCGAUCCAGAAGCGAUGCAGGAGACGCAGCGCGAUGAGAGGUCCGAUGUCUUCUCGCUGGGUUGUGUCUUCCUCGAGAUGGUGACCGUACUACUCGGGAAACCUCCAUCGUAUGCAGAGGAGCGGCUUGAGCGUAUGGCAGGGAACGCCGACCAAGUGGGCGAGUUCAAGUACACGGAUGCGCUUGACAACUUGCAGGACUACAUCGAUCACCUCGAGCACAUGGCAGAAGACCAACUUGAUGCGCUUCCAUCUUCAUCACCGGACAAGCCUACACCAUCAACCAAUUACCCACCGUCCAUGCCAAAAUCACAGUCCUUCAAGGCUCGCCAAAGAGAGAAGGAAGCAUCCCUAAGCGGCGUCAUCAAAGUCCUCAGACACAUCAGAAGAAUGAUGGACUACGACUACCACAUGCGUCCCUACGCCAGGGACCUCUACCCCUUGUUCCGCCACUUCUACGAUAUCUACGAAACCCCCGGUCGCUGCGACAACUGCGAGGAACAGAUGCUGACAGACAGGUCGCGUCCGCCAACACGAACACCAACAAUGGCGACGGUGGCCAAUGGCAAUGGCAGGCAACAGAUACCGCUACAGCGGACAAGGUCGAACAGUCCGACUUUGACCAAGAGUCCUACGGGUGGUUCUGGUUCAUUUGUUGUUAGGAGAGUGAGGGCAAAUUCGCUGUACGUGGCCAAGCAGGCGUCACAUUCGCCGACUGAUGUGGUGGAUAUGGCAUACCCGCAUAAUGGGCACAAGGUGUGA